AAAAUUUUAAAUGCAAUAUGCGUAAUAUGAUUCAAAAUACUGCAGCAUUUUUUAGUUUUUCAGAAAGUUUAAUUAUAUUUAUUAGAAACUAACUAAAAUUUCUGCAGCUAAAGUGUUUGAGGUUAAUUUUUUUAUGAUGAACUAUUUUAACGUAUUUGUAAAAUUUUGGACUUUAUCUAUUGCCUUUCAAAAUAAUUUUUUUGUAAAUGGCCAAUGCGUAUUAAAUGCUGCAUGUUUUCCUCCAUCUAUUGAUGUUGCAAAAUUAAUUCCACAUAACAUGACAAUAAACUCUACAUGUGGAGAGGUUCCUGAGGACUUUUGUGUGGAUACAGAUUGUUCACUUAAAUGUGAUGCAAAGGAUGAGCAGACGUCUCAUCCUGGAAAAUAUCUCAUUGAUUCAUAUGAUCUUAUUACUUAUUGGAAAAGUAAAAAUUUCGACGAACCUGUGUUUAUUCAAUGUGAUUUUGGAUAUAAUUUGAUGUUACAUCAAAUUACAAUAACAUUUCAGUUUGAACUUCCAUCAAGUAUGUAUAUUCAAAGAUCUCAAGACACAGGAAAUUCUUUUACAACAUUAAUUUACUUUGCUCUUCGGUGUAAUGAUACAUUUAACAUGCAAGAAUCAGUUAAUUACAAUAAGCUUGAUGUUAUUUGUCUUCGUAUUAAAUCAGAAGCUAUACAAAACCAAAUUUCUUAUGUUCCAAGAAGAGAUGAUUAUGUUGCCACUGAAGUUCUAAAAAAUGGGAUUGUUCGUGAUUAUUAUCUUGCAACAAAUAUUAGAACUGUUCUUAACACAUUUUUUAUGCCAUCUGAGUUUGAUAGAUCAGUAGCUGAUCCCAGAAAGUUUUAUUUUGCAGUUAGAGAUGUUGACAUUCAAGCUUCAUGUGUUUGUAAUGGAAUGUCAAAUCAGUGUUCACCAGAGGAUUAUGGAACUUGCAUUUGUCAGAAAAAUACUGAUGGAAAAAACUGUGAAAGAUGUAGAAGUCUUUUUAAUAAUAAACCUUGGACUUUUGGUCAACCAUGUGAAAGUUGUUCAUGUAAUUCUCACAGCACUUCUUGUGUUUAUGAUGCUACUAAAAAAUAUGGCGUAUGUCAAAAUUGUAUGGAUAAUACAAUGGGUGAUAAGUGUGAUUUAUGUGCAGUUGGUUAUUAUAGAAAUGUUGGUAAACAGCUAUUUGAUAAGAAUACUUGUAUAUCAUGUAAUUGUUUUAUGAGUGGAGUUUUAUUUGGAAGUUCUGUAUGCAAUCAAGUGACAGGCAGAUGCUUUUGUAAAAGUAAUGUUGAUGGUACUUUCUGUAACACAUGUAAAGAUGGGUUUUAUGGUCUCUCUGCUACUGUUUUAAAUGGUUGUAAUGCAUGUGGCUGUUACAGAUUUGGUACAAUUAAUGGAAGUGCUGUGUGUGAUAAACUAACUGGAGUUUGUCCAUGCAAAAUUGGUUUUACUGGACGAACUUGUGCUGAUUGUAAACCACUCUACUUUUCUUAUCCUACAAGUAAUCCAUCAGAAUGUCGGCCUUGCAAUUGUGAUCCUUCUGGCUCAGUUAAUAUGACAUGUGAUAAAUCUGGUCAAUGUCUGUGUCGGCAGAAUUAUUUUGGUUCCCGAUGUGAACAAAUUAGGACUGGUUUUUUUUCAGCUAGUGUUGGACAAUUAUUGUUUAGUCCGCAACAAGUUUCUUCUCCGGUUGCUUACUUUCAUGAAUAUAUAAAUUUAACUGAGGCCAGUGGUAAUACAUUCUAUGUACUUGGUUAUUCAGUUUCUAUUGGGAAGCUUGAUACAUCAGCUACUCUUGUAACUUUUCAAAUCAAUGUUCCAAAAACAAUGCUUUAUGAGUUUUUUAUUCAAUAUAAGUGUAGAGAUAUAUUUUCUGGGUUAAGUAUGCAAGUUACAAUUGAGAGUCAGUUUUUUCCAUACUCAUGUGAUGAUGGCACAAUGAUUUCAAGUAGUCUUGCAAUGACAUUAAGUGGAAGCUUAGAUCCUGACACACAAACUCAAAGCUUUGGAAGUCUUUGUUUAAGUGUUGGAACAUACAAUGUUGUGUUAUGGUUUCCUCCUGGAAGUGCAAAAAAUGGUGCUAAAGUUUUUAUUCUUGGGUUGUUACUGAUGCCAUUCUACGAAUCACAGAGUCGUUAUUUGCUACUGGAUUCAGAUCAGAAGACAACUUUUAAACAGUUUUAUUCAGUAGCCUCCUCUAGAGUAUUAUGGGCUACUCAAGAAUUAGUUGGUGCAAAAUCUUUAGCAUAUAGUUAUGGAUCUAUAUAUGAGCAAGCUUUAGCAUGUGGAUGUAACAGUUUAGGCAGCAUUAAUUCCUAUGUUUGUAAUAUAUAUGGUGGUCAGUGCAACUGCAAGGAAAAUAUAUAUGGUAGAACAUGCAUGUCAUGCUUGCCACAGUAUUAUAACUUUUCCUCUGGACUUGGAUGUGUGCCUUGUAAUUGCAAUGAAGAUGGCUCAUUAAAUCAAGAUUGUGAUUACAACACUGGGCAAUGUCAAUGUAACCCAAAUGUUAUUGGUCGUACAUGUAACCAAUGUGCUUUACAAUAUUUUGGAAUUUCUACUGGAUCUGGAUGCAAGCCUUGUUUAUGUUCAGCAUUAUAUGCAACUAGUUCUCAAUGUGAUGAAUCUGGACAAUGUCAAUGCAAACCUGGUGUAGGCUCAUUGAAAUGUGAAUCAUGUGCUCCAGGAUUUUAUGAUCUUUCGGUAUCAGGGUGUAAAACCUGUCUAUGCAAUCCUAUUGGUACAGCUGGUAACAAAUGUAACCCAACAACAGGCUCAUGCACUUGUAAAGACCUAGUUAUGGGAGUAAAGUGUGAUCAAUGCACAAUAGGUUACUAUGGUUUUAGUAGCGAUUUUCCGAACACUUGUUUGAAGUGUUAUUGUUCUGGAAAAACAAGUGAGUGUGAUGCAGUCAGUGAUUAUUAUUUAACUUCAGCUAGUACUUUAUUUUCUACAACACAAAAUAAUGUUGGCUUACAAGGCUGGACUUCAGUUGACAUUUAUGGUAAAGAUAGUGGCAAGUUAGAGUGGGACUGGGCACCACUUUAUUCAGUUGAUAGAGGCUUUGCAAAAUUAACUGAUACAAAUAGUGAUACCUUGUUUUUCUCAGCUCCAGACAUUUUUCUUGGAAGUAAACGUUCACUCUAUAUGUACUAUAUCACAUUUGAUUUAACUCAGUAUGAUGAUGCUAACCCAAUGGAUCCUACAAAUGAUGGAGAUGUAAUUAUAAAAGGGAAAGGAUUAAAUUUUAAGCUGGUUAUGGUGUUACCAAGACAACCAGCUACACAUCCUACUUUUACUUCAUACAAAGAUCCUCUUGGUUCGUGUAAAAAAUGCAUAUGUAACAACAACAUCGACGAAAAGGCCGCUGGUAAUUGCAACACUACAACAGGUGUUUGCUUAAGAUGUCUUAAAAAUACAAUUGGUAAUAAUUGUCAAUAUUGCCGACCUGGUUAUUAUGGUGAUGCUUUAGCUGGUACAUGUAAAGAUUGUUCCUGCGAUUUAGUUGGAUCAUUUGGUAAUGAUUGUCAAAAUAUUACUGGGUAUUGCUCAUGCAAGCCAAAUGUAAUUGGUCGUACUUGUAAUAAAUGUGCAGAGAACACUUUUAAUUUUCAAAGUAAUGCAGGGUGUGAUCUUUGUCAAUGUGAUUUAAUUGGCUCAGUAUCUCAGCAGUGUGAUCCUAAUACUGGAGUCUGUAAAUGCAAUCCUCGAGUAUUAGGUGACAAAUGUGAUCGUUGUGCACCAGGCUUCUAUGAUCUUUCAAAGGGAUGUUUACCUUGCGACUGUGAUGCUGACUUCACCAUGACGAACACAACUUGCGACGCUUUAACUGGCCAAUGUAUGUGUAUAGUAAGUCCUUUAGGUGGAAAAUACAGUGGAAGAAGGUGCAAUGAAUGUGCUGUAAAUGCUAUUGGAACGCCACCUGAAUGUGAGCUUUGUCAUUCGCCUUGCUAUGACAACUGGCAGAAAUACAUAGAUGGUGAAGUUGAAGAUAUCAAUGAUCUCAAUAAUAAUGUAACUAACUUACUAGUGCGGUUUGGUAGCAUGAAGUAUGAAGAUAUAAGCUCUGCUUUAUCUGAAUUAGAUAUUAACUUAACCUAUGCAAUGAAUGUGUUUACUGGAGGUAUUUAUAAUACAAGUGCAAAAGACAAGCAAUUUAAUCAAAUUGAAAUGAACAUCAUAAACUUUGAAUCAGUGCUCAAUUUAACAAAGCAACAGUUAUACAAGUCAAAGUAUUACUUCGAAAAUACAGUGAAAAAUUUUAAUGGUGCCGUCUUUCUUAAUACACCAAUACCUCAAAUUAUUCCAAUUACAAAUAUCACAGUACGUCUACGGCGACAAUUAACUAAUAAUCAAAAAAUUAUAGAUGCUGCCCUUAUUACUCAAUUGGCUCAUAGUUUUAUUACUGUCACAUACCAGCAGAACAUAUCUGGUCAAGCUGUGUAUAGCUUAAUACAAAAUCAGUAUAGAGAUAUUGUUUCUGCAAAUGAAAGCAUUGCAGAUGCUGCUGUUAGAUUAUCGUCUGCAAUGGCUGAUCUUUCCCAAUCAAGAAUGGCGCGAUCUCAAGCAACUGACUUUUUGGAUACUGCUUAUAAAGCUAGAUUUACAUCGAACUCUCUGGAGUUGAUGAAAAUUCAUGAUAUUAUAGCAAGUACGCUUCUUUUGCAAAAUCGAACUGUUAAUGUUUAUUCAAGUUCAAUAAACACAUUGCAAACAGCUAAGAAUUUUAUAACUAGAGCUGAUUCAGAAAGCAUAAGGAUGAAUCUAAUGGCUGAUGCAGCCUCACAGUCUGUUAGUAAAUUAAAAAUGGAUGCUGUUACACUAAAAGCUAAUGUUGAAGGGCAGUUUUCUGUAGCUAACAAUUUAAAGGAAAGUGUUGAGGAUGUUUUGUAUGACGCUCUUCAAGAAACAGCAUCAUUAGCUAGAGGUGUUACGCAACUUGCAAUUUCAAGAAACAAAACUAUAGAAGCAAGAAAAUUAUCUUUAGAUAUUCAAAAUUAUUCACUUCCAUAUUCAUUAGCAGACAUUCAAAGUCUUUCUAAUGAAAUUAUAAGUACUGUCGUGAAUGAAGGUGUAAUUAAUGAAACAUAUAAUGAUGCUCAAAUUGGGCUGCUAAAAGCUCAACAAGUUCAAACUAGAUCCCAAGAAGCUGUGGAUGUUUCUCAAAAGACACUUCAAGAUAUUAAAAAUUUGGAAAAUUCUUUAAUUCAGUCUGCAGCUGUACGAUCAUCUACACAAGAAUCUCAGAAUCGAAAUGAGCAGAUCAGGUUUACUACUCUGAACAUCACAUCCAGUAUUGAGUCACAGUUUAGUACAAUUAGCGGAAAAGGUGCACAAGCAUUAAGUAUGUUGAAUUCAAUAAUAAGCGAUGCUGAAAAUAAUAAAAUGUGCUACGUUAAUUCAAAGUCAAUUAUAGAUAAUGCAACCGCAACUGCUGCAAGUGCUCGUAUAAUUGGCAAUGAUGCAUCUGCUGUGCAUAUUUCAAAUGAAAAAUCUCUACCAAGUUACGCUACACAGAUUAAUAACUUGUACACAACAACUUCUGCAACGCAUACAGAAGCAAAAAAAGCAAAAGAUAACGCCAAUCUCCUUUUAAAUGAUGUGACAGAAGCAGAACGUCUUAAAAAUCAACUUUUGUCUCAGGAAAGCGAACUUGAUCUCCUUGUAGCCGAAACGGAAGCCAUGGAAGCUACAUUAAAUAAUCUUAUUUUAAAAUUUGAAAACGAAAGGAUCAGAUUAAGUUCUUGCAACCAACCGUAAAUUUAGUCUCUAGGCGGAUUAUUCAGUCUCAUAAAAUGUACAUAAUAAAUAUAGAUGUGAUAUGUAGUUAUAGAUAUAUAGGGCCCUAAGAAUAUCGUAGUGCUAAUAAUCUAAAUUGCAUGCCAGGGCUGGAAAUUUCACGCCAAACGCCUAAAUUAACUUUUUGGAAAACGACCUUGUUAAUAAGGGUAAUUGCUACAUAAUUGAGAAAAGAUGCUUCUUGGAAAAAUUGUAGUCCGUCAUGGUGGCUCGUCGAUAUUUAAUAAUGUUUGUAUUUAUACACACAAAAAAUGAAUUUUUAUCUCAAAAUUGUUGUUUUACCGUAUUUUUGUUAUUAAAUAUUAUUCAUUUAUAGAAAUUGUUUAACUUAUUUGAAUUUUCGAGUUAUUAUUUAUUUGAAUUUUUGUAAAUUGUUUUUUUAGAAUUUUGUAAAUAUUAAAAUUGUAUCUAUAAAAACAAAUAUUUAAAAAUAAAAGUUAUUUAAUUAGACCUUAAUAGAGAAGAUUUUAUUGGA